AUGGAGUAUGACGUGUGCAUUGUGGGUGCUGGCCCUGCCGGGCUGUCUGCUGCUAUCAAGCUGAAGCAGAUGUGCCAGGAGGCUGGCGAAGAAAUCAGCGUUUGUGUAGUGGAGAAAGGGUCAGAAGUCGGCGCGCAUAUAUUGUCUGGGAACGUGUUGGAGCCCAGGGCUCUCACCGAGCUCAUACCAGAGUGGAAGGCGGAGGGGGCACCUUUGCAUGUGCCCGCGACUGAUGACAGGUUUUUCUAUUUGACCAGAAAACAUGCAUUACGAUUGCCGAACCCGCCACAGAUGCACAACAAGGGCAACUAUGUGAUCAGCCUCAGUGAGCUGGUGAGAUGGCUGGGCGAGAAAGCAGAUGGUUUAGGUGUGGAGAUCUACCCAGGCUUUGCAGCGAGCGAGGUGCUGUACCAGCGGGGAGCAGUGGCCGGCAUAGCCACGAAUGACUUUGGUAUCGGCAAGGAUGGCCGACCAAAAGACACCUAUGCCCGCGGCAUGGAGAUUAGAGCACGCGCUACCCUCUUUGCUGAGGGCUGCCGUGGGUCCUUGUCUGAGGAAGUCAUGAAGCGGUACAACCUAAGAGAGGAAGCGGGGUCAGAUCCACAAACCUAUGCCAUUGGCCUGAAGGAAGUCUGGGAGGUGGCGCCUGAGAAGGCCAAGCCUGGACACGUUUGGCACACAGUGGGGUAUCCCUUGGACCAGAGCAUCUACGGUGGAUCCUUCCUGUAUCAUAUGUCUGCCAACCGCGUUGCGCUGGGGCUGGUGGUGGCGCUAGACUAUAGGGACCCCUACCUGAACCCCUACCAGGAGUUUCAGCGCUGGAAGAGCCACCCCAAGAUCAGGGCCCUGCUAGAGGGGGGCACAGUGCUACAAUACGGCGCGCGCUGCCUCAAUGAGGGCGGCCUGCAGUCCGUGCCCAAGCUCAGCUUCCCUGGCGGCGCCCUCAUCGGCUGCUCUGCCGGCUUCCUCAAUGUCCCCAAAAUUAAGGGGACGCACACAGCCAUGAAGUCAGGCAUGCUGGCGGCCGAGGCGGCGUUCACGGAGCUCACAAGCACAAGCGCAGAGUCGGGGGCGGCUGCGGAUCUGGCCGCCUACGAGGACGCGCUGAAAGCCAGCUGGGUCUGGGAGGAGCUUGAGAGGGAACGCAACAUCAGGCCUUCGUUCCAUUUUGGCUUCUGGCCGGGGCUGGCGCUGUCGGCUGUGGACACCAUUCUGCUCCGCGGCCGGGCCCCUUGGACACUGCGUCACAGGCAUGCAGACCAUGAAGCACUGCAGCCCGCAAGCGGGUUUGCACCUCGGGAGUACCCGGCGCCGGAUGGGCAGGUGACGUUCGCAUUGAACGACUCGCUGUACCGCAGCGGCACAAACCACGACCAUGAUCAGCCGGCGCACUUGCGACUUAGGAAUGCGGGCGUCCCCGCGGCUGUCAACUGGCCCAUCUAUGCAGGACCUGAGGGCCGCUAUUGCCCAGCAGGAGUGUAUGAAUAUGCCACGGAUGAGCAUGGCAGGGAGAAGCUGCAGAUCAAUGCUCAGAACUGCCUGCACUGCAAAGCUUGCGACAUCAAGGACCCAACCCAGAACAUCAGGUGGACGACUCCGGAAGGGGGCGGUGGCCCUGCCUACACCAUGAUGUAG